ACAGUUCUCCAACUAACCUUAAAAUAAACGUGUUUAUUUCUAGCGAAAAGUCAAAUGAUUCGCCCCCUCUCACGUUUUAACACACUCUGGGAAAAAAUUGGGGUAACAUGUUAUAAACAACCCCACCGAACUUCACUUAAUCAUGGCACCCCCAAACCUAACCUCACUUUCACACCGGCUCUCAACUUCCACACUACGCUUAAAAACCACACGAAAAUCUUCACAGACUUCGAAAAUAACUACGCUUAUAAACUCCUGCCACCCAUAUCCAAAUUUGAACCAUCACUCAGCGCCCCCUCCGCUAUAACAACCCUAGAAGCCUUCGACAACCACCUCAACCAAAACUGGAGGGCUUCCACCGCCACAGCCAUAGUCGAAGCAUUCGAACGAGUCAAAGACAUCACAAUUUCGCACAAGAUCACUCUAUCAGACAAACGCUUCGACAAACUAGUCGACGGCUUAAUGGACCACUGUGAAAAAUUAACAGACGAUGAGCUCCUCCGACUUCUGCUAACGUUGCUCGAGUACCCGCCAUGCGACGCUUCGAACUCGCGCAAUUUCCACGACGUCUGGAGCUGCCUCGACGAUAUAUGUUGCUGGAAAAUGAGCAACUGGGAUUUGCAGAAGUUGUACACUUUUGCUGAUGUGUGGUUUCGGUGGAAUUUGGGGCGUUUGAGUGACUUUGUGUUCGAGGUGUUGGACAGGGCUACGUUCAAACCGCAUCGGUUGUCGAAGAAUAUGCUAGUUUACACGUUUUUUUAUUUUAAUGUGAAUCGGAGGAAAUCGGUGCCGUUUGAGUUUGAGCAUGAAUUGGCACGGAGGAUUGACGAGUUUAGUAUUGAUGAGUGGGCGAUUAUUGCGAUGGGGUAUUUUAAGACUAAGUCGAAGAUUAAGUUGCCGGAGAUUGCGAGUGCGAUGAUUAGGGCCGUGAGUGAGAACUGUGAGACGAUUAAUGAGAUCAGUUUGACGGCGAUUUUAAAGGCACUUAGAUUGAGUCAACGUGGCGAAGUAGCCUCCGACAUCCCCCCCAUGUUGGACAAAGUAACCCUCCAACUCCCUCGACUCUCAAUAAUGUCCCUCGUCCAUGUAGCCCUCAUAGGCACCCAACUCCAACUCAAACACGAACCAUCUAUACGCAAAUGCGCCGACCGAAUCAUCGCAGAAAUCGAAACCAUAAGAAUCAAAGACCUCGAACGAAUCCUCCUCGCAUGCUCCAUGUUCAGCAUAGACACAACCCCCAGCAUCUAUGAAGUUGCAUCCAAAGAAAUCCUCAAACAAACCCGACGAAAAGAAUUCGUCCAAUACAACAGAUGCCUCCCCAGCAUCCUCAACUACCUGAGUUUGCGAAAAAUUUACUCCCACAACCUAAUGAACGACGUCUUGAAUGACGAAUACAUCAACGAAACGUACGGAAAAUCCUCGAAAAACGUUCCUAGGGACUUGUUCUCGCUUGAUACUUGCGUGGAAGUUGAGUGCCCGGAUUAUAAGGGCAACCGGUUGAGCCCCCAGAAGAGGUACAAGGCUGCGAAGUGGCUGUCUGAGUAUGCCCCAACUCGUGAUCAACAUAAGCGGUUGUCGUUGUCCGAUAAAGCGUACUUGGAGAUCGUUGAUUCGCUUGUGGGUAUUGUGGGGGAGGAGCGGUUAUUACGUAGCGAUCACGUGUUGCCUCAUUUUAGCAAACCAGAUAUUAUCCUGUGUAAGGAUCAGGUUAGUGGUGAGUUUGUGGAGCCCUUUGGAUUCGAGAAUUAUGUACUAGGAGACGUGAUGAGGCCGUUUAAUGUUGAAAAAUACAAGUGGUAUGCAGUGAUGGUGUUGACGCCGAAUUUGACGUUGAGGGAUGCGUGUGAGCCCUUGGGAGGGAUGAUCAUGAAGGAGAGGCAGUUGAAGACUAUUGGGUAUACCCCGGUUUUGGUGUACGCUGCACCCUUCACCACGCUAUCCUCCGCCGAAAAAACCGCCCAUUUGCGCCGCCAUCUCUCUUGAAGCCGCUCCCGAAACUCAGCCAAAAAAACAUAGUGUGCCGAUUUAGACAGUUGUUACUUAUAAACAAGUUUAGUUUU